UGCACUGCUACUAGACCGCCAUUUUAUUUUCAUUCGGCGUCCUCGUGUGUAUUUUUCUCUCUCCUCUGCGAACAUCCGAAAGUACAACAACCAUGGGCGAUAAAAUUGAUAUGAGCCUUGACGACAUCAUUAAGUUGAACAAACCUACCGGGAGAGGCAGAGGACGCGGUGGUCGGGGAGGUGGUUCACGAGGCGGAGCACGGCAGUUUCGUGGGGGACGCGGUGCUGGAGGUCGCGGUGGGCCAGUAAGAAGAACUCAACAAAGGGGAGCGGGCAGAAACAGACCAACACCUUAUUCUAGGCCGAAGGAACUUCCAGACUCGUGGGAACAUGACAUGUUUGAUGGCGGCGUUGGGCUUGGUGUUGGUGGGAGAGCUCUGAUAUCCAGAGAUGGACAAUCACAACAAGGAAAACUACUAGUGUCAAAUUUAGAUUUUGGAGUAUCUGAUGCUGAUAUACAGGAGUUAUUUGCUGACUUUGGCAAUCUUAAAAGGGCAGCAGUGCACUAUGACCGGUCAGGAAGAAGUUUGGGAACAGCAGAUGUAAUAUUUGAGAAGAAAAAUGAUGCUAUAAAAGCCAUGAAACAGUAUAACAAUGUGCCUUUAGAUGGUCGAGCGAUGAAUAUUCAACUUGUGACGUCGGCAACAGAGGUUGAACAGUUCCAGAGACGGCCGUCGACAGGACGAGGAGCUAGUGGCGGAGGUGGUGGGUUCGUAGGAACAAGGAGGGGCAGUUCUAGAGGUGGCCAGAGGGGGCGAAGGAGAGGCGGAGCUCCAGGACGAGGGGGUCGUGGUGGCGGUGGUGGUGGUGGCGGUUCACGCAAAGUUGUCACAGCUGAAGAACUUGACGCACAGUUAGACGCUUAUAAUGCAAAGAUGGACAUUGACUAAUGACAAAAUCCUGCCAAGAAUAGUCUUCACCAUCCCUUGUAAAAUAUGUUUGUCUAUACAAAGCUUUGAUCUAAGUUUUAAAAAAGUGACCAAUUAAACAGUCAUUUUCUUUUUACUACUUUAUAUAUUACUCUUGUAUUGUAUUAUUUUAUCACUAUGCUUUUAAACAAUCAAAUGCCUAUUGUCAGUCUUGUUUUGGGCUUGAACAAAUCUUUCUAACAAGUAUGGUCAGAGUGUACUUUAAUUUUUGACGAUUUUGAACAAAAUUUGGUUGUGAUUUUGUUGGAAAUUCAGGGCUAAAAACUUUUCGUUGGCAUGGUUCAAGACUUUAUAUUUUUCUGCCAAGGAAACGUUCAAAAUUUCUUGCCAUGGAAAUGUCAACUCGUAUAGCACUCUGCUGCCCAGUUUAAAUGUAAUCUUUUUUGUAGGAACAUCAAGACGAACUUAAAAUGACAAGCGCAAUAAAUGGUUCUGUGUGCAGUGAUUUACAGGAACAACUGUAAAGAACUUUUAUUCUAAUGUAGUGCAUUUGAUAAAUUGGUUUAAAAAAUCGUUCCUUUCAUUACUGCUUAAUGGCAGUUUGUACUGUUCAACUGCCAUCCAUUGUUGAUAUUUAAUUUUUUCAUGAUUUUUUUUUUAAGUGGCAUACUGUUGUAAAUCAAUAUUAGUUUGUGUUUUCAGGGUUUUUAUGAACACUGACUCAAUUGGGUCUGAUGGCUGCAUUUGGAAAUUUUCUCCAGAAUCAUGGUUCUUUCGCAUUGCUGUAGAUUAUGUGUGAAUUUAUCAGAUCUAACAACUUGUAGUUUCCUCUCGUUUUGUAUUGAACAAAGGAAUUAUCAUCAGAUAUCGUUGAGGGCAUAAAUGAGAAACUAUACUUGUGCAGAACAUAUUAUAUCGUUAUAAUUAUUAGUUGCUACAACUUCUGCUCUGUAAAGUUAUUUAAUAUAUUUAUCAGUUUUCAUUAAAGUGUUGUCUACUUUCUAUCAAAUGGAACUUGUGCAUUAGGCUUAGAAGUGGAGUCUGUUUAUUUUCAGGACCAACAACCUAUUUUUGUAUGUAGGCAUUUUGACGUUUUAGCAUUUAUGAGCAUCCGUAUAAAAUGUGCUCAAUUUUCACUCAAGACAAAAAAGUUUCCUGCUAGCCCAUAAUUUGUUAGAUUCAUUGCUUGUAUCGCGCUUUGGAAAAAGUUUCAGCCAGGCAGUGCUGAAAUUGGAAUUUGUAUAAUUGGCUGGCCCUCUACCCCUUCAAAGUUUUUUCGUAAGUGUAUUGUAAGAUGUUUUUAAGAGUCUCCAGCACUUGCUGCUAGUUUUAUUUUAGACCUAUAUUAAAAGUUUCAUGGUUUUUCAAA